AUACACCACAAAACAAUAUCAUUAUUUAUUUUACUGUCAAAAAAAAAAAAAUCAUUAUUUAUUUCUUUUCCCCCUUUUAGUAAAAAAAUAACAAUAUUAUUUAUUUAUUUUCCUCUCUCUCUUACCAUAAUUGUUUAAAAUUAAUAAAUUAUUAAUUUGUUUUUCUUAAAUUGUUCUUUUCCCAACCAGUGCCACAUGUGAAGCUUCACAAAAAGCACUUCUUCAUAAUCUCUCUUUCUCUCUCUUCCCCCAAUAUUUAUAAAAGGCUCUUUCUUUCAUCUUAAUAGUCAACACAAGUCCCCUGUUUCUCAAAAUACAAGACAACGGUUAUUUCUUUCUUCUUCUCUCUUUUCUUUGCUCUGUUCCAAACAUCAAUAUGUCUUCAAUCUCUCAAGGUCUUGUUCUAACAACAGCCAUGGUUGUCUCAACUACUGUUCUUUACCUUACUUUCUGUAAACAAAAAAAUUCAUUACCAUUUAAAAUUCAUGAAACCCCCAAUUCCCAUGAAAAACAAAUUCUACGCUCUUGCUUAUACUCAGAUAAAAAGAAGAGGGAAAAAAGAAGGAAGAAGAAAGUGAAAUUUUCAGAAUAUGUUAUGGUGAAGGAAGAAAAAAGUGAAAUUAAUGAGGAAAAUAUAGAAAAACAGGGGAAGAAAAACAGAGUAUCAUCAAUUAGUGAAUGCAGAAAUGAAAUUCCAGAAAAACAUGGAAUGCCAGCAAAUAGAAUUGCUUUGUAUAAUGGAAUUUUAAGGGAUCGAGUUCAAAGAAUGGGGUGUUGUCACUGAUCAAUGAUCAUCAUCUUCAUCUUAGAAGUUAGAACAGGGGAGAGAAUUUUCAUGGUGUAGAAAUACUCUGUUUUAUUUAUUUAUUUCUUUUUUAUUUUAUUUUUUAUUUAGGAGGGUGUGUUAGAAACGAUAUUUGAAGUCCUAAUUAACCGAAAAAUAGUUGUGAAUAUGGAAAGGUACUUUUGUGAAGUAGGUGAUCAAAUUGGGAGAAAAAUCUAAUGUAUUCUUGUGGUUGUAAAUAGUUGCUUGACUAUUUCCAACUCUUGGCAAUUUUAAGAGUGAAAUUAAUUUAUAACAUAAUAA